AUGGCAUCUGAGCGGGCCACGGUCCCCCCGGAUGUCUUUGUCAGUGACCUCUACAAGCCUUCCGUCGACUACAAAGAUGACGGGGGCUCGGAUCAACCCCCAAGCGGCUCAGGUAUCGAUCCCAAGGUCUCCAUGGCUCACGAACAGGAGGCCAUGGACAUUGAGCCAGAGCCCCCUGCACCAGACGACACGCCAGACUGGCGCUACCCGUUGCUACAAUGCCUUGUCGACGGCACUUUCCCCUCAGACCAGGCUGAGGCACGGCGUGUGGCUCGUCACGCCAAGACUUUCCUCCUUCUCGACGGAGAAAUGUACAAGCGCAGACCCUCGGGCAUUCUUAUGCGCUGCAUCCCACGUCAGGAGGGAAUCAAGCUCCUAGAGGACAUACACUCGGGGGCUUGUGGCCACCACGCCGUGCCUCGAACGCUAGUAGGAAAUGCCUUCCUACAAGGCUUCUACUGGCCCACCGCCGUGGCUGAUGCCACGGAGAUCAAAACAAGGCCCACCGGCCUCUGA